CACUGGGGAAGCGGCGAGCGUCCGCUACGUCCACAGGAAGCAGCCGGUGGAUUAACCCCUAAUUAUCUACCCAGACCAACAGACCGAGGGGAGAAAACACUUUUUUCUGAAUAACGUCGCGGCGAGGAUGUCUGUCCCAGCGGGAGAGGGAUGACGAUGAAACCGCUGUUAUGGAUAGUUGUGUCAGUGUGGCUGUGCUUAACUGUGGUCUGUCGGUACCCAAGUUGUUAUGUCGGUUGCACGGAGUCGCACCAAGAGGCCCAGAGGCCCGUGUCCUCAAAGGACGUCAGUCUGGAGGAAGAGUCAGGGGAAAAGAGUCAUCAUCAGAAGAUGGAGGAAAACCGUGUCUUACUGACCCAGUCCUUAUCUGAAAAGGAGCAGUUGAUGAUGGAUGAUCAGCAAACGGAGGAGCAGACAACACAAGAGGUAGACGGAAAACAAGAUAUAGAGGCCUUUGAAGUAGAGGAGCUGGCUGUAGAGGAAGAGUUGGAGGCAGAUAAAAUAACCUCACAACCUGAGCCAGAAUCUCAGCAAAGCUCAGAAAAUCAACAUCCAGAAACCUCCAUCACGCCAGACCAGGACUCAGCCUCACUGCUGCCGUCCUCCCACUUUGUCUCUGAAUUUGCUGCUGAACUUGAAGACAACUCAAACACCCAUAAUCUUCAAGACAACAUCCCAGAUGGAGUUUCAGAUGAUGCAGCCGACGUAGCUAAAACCGAGGACAUUGAUCCUGACCCGCCUCCAGUACACUUUGAGGAAGAAGCAGAAGAAGAGAAUAACUCCAGUCCUCCAAUUGUUCUGGAGAACACUUCCAAUGUCCACACUGCAGGUACUCAAACGCAGAGUGACCCACCUCUGACUUCUCAGACACAACAUCUGGAAGCCAACGCAUCAUACGUGCUAAAAGAGCAAGACCUGAGCGCCCAUGUUACUCAAGGCACAGAUACCACUCUGAUCAGCAAAGACCCCGAGGACAUCCCCACUUUUGAUGAGUGGACGCGGAAGAUGAUGGAGGUCGAGAAUGAAAAGACUCAGUCUACUCAUACUUCUAACAAUGGGGCUCCUCCUACGGUGAAGAAGGUCCAGAAGAACUUCAAUAACUAUGCCUCAGUGGAGUGUGGAGCCAAGAUCCUUGGCUCUAACCCAGAGGCAAAGAGCACUUCAGCCAUUUUGUGGGAGAACAUGGACAUGUACAUGCUAAACCCCUGUAGUAAUAAAAUAUGGUUCAUCAUUGAGCUCUGUGAGCCCAUCCAGGUGAAGCAGCUGGACAUCGCUAACUUUGAGCUAUUCUCUUCUACCCCGAAAGACUUUCUUGUCUUCAUAAGUGAUAGAUAUCCUACGAACAAGUGGCUAAAGCUGGGAACAUUUCACGGCCGGGAUGAACGCACAGUCCAGAGCUUCCCAUUAGACGAGCAUCUUUAUGCUAAAUUUGUGAAGAUGUUCACCAAGUACAUAAAGGUAGAGCUGGUCUCUCACUUUGGCGCUGAACAUUUCUGUCCCCUCAGUCUCAUCAGGGUGUUUGGCACAAGCAUGGUCGAAGAGUACGAGGAGAUCGCUGAUCCCACAGAAAGAACAGAUGAUCAGGAUGAUGACUUGGAUUAUCCUCCUGAAUAUGCAUCUGGAGAAGUCAAGUUACCCAAGGAUCUGAUUGGAUCAGCAACGGAUGUGAUUUUGAACAUGGUAAAUAACAUUGCUGUCAAUGUUCUCGGUGGAGGCUCAGAGCUGCAAGGUAACCUUUCAUCACAGGAAUUGAACAUCACUGAACCGUCAGUCCAACUUGAAAUCAGCUCUCCAAAUACCACGAAAGACCUCACUUCAAUUCCAGAUUCUGAAGUGGAAGAGAUAUUUCCCGAGCCCAAUAUCCCUGCAGCUGUAGCUCCGUCCUCGGAGACCUCUGAGACAUCUACAGCUGAUGCAAGCAAACAUGAGCUCACCCAAGUGGAAGAAAACAUUGUAAUUCCUUUGCAGAAAGACGAGGAGGAACCAAUCAGUUCUACAAUCACUCUUUUGGAUAAGGAGGAUUUUGAUGUCGAAAAACAGAAAAAGCAUCAGCAUGAGCAUCGUCGAGAAAUGCAGAACUACUGUCCACUUCUUACUACUUUUUCUUCCUCUUGCUCUUGCGCAGCUUCCCUCCAGGAGUAUCUCCAGUGGCAGUGUUCAGCUCUGCUGUCCAAAAAAAGGAAAUGCAAAACUAUGAAUGGAAAUGAAAUAAUACUUCCCACUCUAACACCCACAUGGCAUAUACCCCUGUCUCCCUCUGCCUGUCCUAAACCUCAGCCGCAUGGCAGUGAGGUACAUCAGGAACUAGAACCAGCCUCUAAACAGGAGCUAGAGAGCAAAGCCAGACUAUCGGAAACGCCACUUCCUCCAGGGAACUCAGUAGAAUCUCAUAAGGAGUCUAUGACUGAACCUCCUCUCGAGCCCAGUCAAGCCUUGAACCUCCCCAAACCCAGUGCCACUGACUCAUCCUCUGCCAAACCUACCCCUAUUGUGCAGACACCACGGCUGUCUUUUGAAGAGCCAAAGCCAGAGAAAAGCCAGGAUGUGCUGGCAGAAGAGAAGCACAUUGAGCCGUCAGCCUCUCUCAGGAGCUCCAUCUCUGUAAAACCCAAGGUCAAUACAGCAGUGGACGAUGCCUCAGAAGAGAAGUCUGACAUUGAGGUUUCUGUACCAGAGAUAAGUCGGUCAAAGCAAACUGCAGAUAAAACAGAUCAAUCCCAAGUUCUCCAUCCCACCGCCUCCCCUCAAUUAGAACAUCACCCUGACCCACCAGCUGUGCCUAAAAGAAGUGCUGCUUCAUCUGAAGUAUCCCACCCAGCUCCAGACACCAUUACAGAACUUGAGCCCUCUCGUGGUCACUCGGCCAUCGCAGAAACUAAAACGGAUGAUUUUGCAGAAGACAUCUCUACAUCGUCGGGUGGCAAGCCUUCCUCUUCUACCUCUCCGACUCUCUCGGACAUCUAUGCAGAGCCACCCAACGGUAUGGAUCAGAACGGUAACACAGUGCAUGGCUCCAGCCAGAAGGAGUCCGUGUUCAUGAGACUCAACAACCGCAUCAAGGCCCUGGAGCUCAACAUGUCACUCAGUGGGCGCUACCUGGAGCAGCUAAGCCAGAGAUAUCGAAAGCAGAUGGAGGAGAUGCAGAAGGCGUUUAACCAAACCAUCAUUAAACUCCAGAACACUUCGAGAAUAGCAGAGGAACAGGAUCAGCGUCAGACUGAGUCCAUUCAUUUGCUGCAGGGCCAGCUGGAGAACUGGACUCGGCUGGUUGUGAACCUGUCCGUGAGGGUCAGCCAACUGCAGGAUGAGGUGUCGGACAGGCAGAACUACCUGCUGCUGUCUCUGGUGUUGUGUGUGUGUCUCGGCCUGCUGCUGUGUGCAAACUACGGCCGCAUCUCCACCCUUCCUCCAACCACCGGACCAGAGCCACCCACACCGAAGAGCUACGCCUACUGCUGUCCUGAAAGGCAGUUCUCUUCCUGUGAUGAGACGGGCUUGAAGAGGAGUGCAUCCUAUCCACUCAUACACUCACUUGCCACCACUGAAGUCCCAGAAAUGCUGCAUGCAGAGGAGACACAGAGUCUUUGUCCAGCGAACAGAAAGAGGAGACGGCGUAAGAUGAACCCCAAUGAGAAGGAGGAGACUCUGAAGCUCCCGUUCCAAGCUGCUCCAGAGCGGUGUGACAGAGUGGUUUUCUGUAAUGGCGUUCCCGUCACCACGAACCCCACACCCCUUACACAAAGGUUGCUUCAACCAUUGUUCAGAGACUCGCCAUCCGAGGGCAGCUCCGAGGGGUCUUCACAUUCAGAUGACCCCUCCUUCUGUGGCAUCACCACAGCUUGCACCCGGAUCUGUGAUGGGCUCCCUCCACCAAAGACCCGGGCGGAGAAACGGGCGUUUAGACGCGGGCGUCCGAGGCCGAGUUGUGCGGGGGUGGACUUGCUUCCGGUCCCACGGAGGGACAGGAGCCAACCUUUGCACAUCUCUACCAUACAGGACAUCAUGAUCAGGAAAAGUGAGCAGAGCUCCGGGAUGUUUGGGGUGAACGUUGCCCUCUCGGGUCCUGUUUGACAGAACUUAUUCUCACUGACUGCUGAACUCUUUCCAAAAGAGGACGAUGUUAUAGCUGCAACCACCGGCAGCUUCGGUAUGAGACGAUGCCUUCACUUUUGGUUUUUGUCUAUGUUCUCAUCAGAUGUUUAUAUUUGUUAAAUCAUAGGAAUGUCUUCCCAGCUUUGCAUUAAAGAUUGUAUCUUUCA